CGAGGGCACCCAUCUUGCCCCAAGAGAAGACGAGCCAAUUGACAGCGCAAAAUCGACCAGACCUCACAAUGCUGGCUGUCAGACAAAGAGCGGCCUGCGCCGCCCGCACAGCUCGGCCGGCAGCCAUCGCUCCACGGCAAGCCAUGCGAUCUUACGCAUCCGACCAUGGCCACUCCGACCACCACGACCACCACCACCCCGCCCCUCAUGUAGAGGAGUCGCCAGGACUGGGUCUGUACAUCGCACUUGGCGCCGCGGGCCUCUCCAUGUUCAUGUACUCCAUUUCCCGGGACGAGAAGUCAAGCCUCGCAAAAUGGAUCGACAGCUACAGAGCUGAGUCCCAAAAGACCUGGGAGUAUAGGAACACGCUCCGCUCCGACCUCAAGGAACAGGCGGCCCGAGACAGGCAUCUCUUCUCAACAUCGCAGAAGGACCAGGGAUACGAGCUGAGGACGCCAGAGCUCAUCGACUCCGGCAGCCCCAACAAUGUUCCCGCCGGACACUACGCCAACCUGGACAAGGUCAUAGAACACUACCAAAAGCAGCACCUGGACGAGGAAGCGAGGAAAGCAAAGAAGCUGGGCCUGGCAAAGACGGGGUAAGGAAUGGCGUAUCAAGAAGGCACUAUGAGCAUUGUAUCAUACUACCUAGGUAGUCAACGUGGAGAUUAAGAGCAGGAAAGAGAGUCAAUUCCCAGUGAUGCCGCCAGUCUGUUCGGACAGGACAGGACUUCCUGCGACUAUGGACUCACAGGAAGGUCAUUCCGGGCCGCAAACGCUGAAAAUGGCCGUGACGGAAGGGGUGUAUUGGGCCGACCGCACGCCAACACAAUCGACACCGGGCCUGGCCCGCCUCAGCAUUGAUGGGAAACCUCAUGCACCGGCCGUCCUGACUACUAAAACGGACGGACAACAAGGCAGGAUUUUAUGACAUGGCACGACUAUUUUCAGCACGUCCAGUAGCCUCUGGACCCCGGUGGAUUCGGACUUGUGCAUUUAAU